AAAAGAACCCUUACCCCCAAGGCCCCAACCAUUGUACACUAUAUCUCAGAAAUCAAACUGAUUACUAUUUUACUAUUGGAGUACGGCACAAGGCUCUUUCCUCCUUCCUCAAAAUUGAGGAAUUGAGGUUCAAAUUACAAUAUUGAGAGGGAAAGAUUUGGGGCAAAUUCAAUCUUUUCCAGAAAUUGAAAUCCAAAGUCACUUGCUAGGUAUUUGGCUUGAUAUAUAUGCAAACCAUUUUGUGAUCCUAUUCAUUGAAAGUUGAAGCGGAUGACUCCAGAUUUCAGUUGACGAUUAUUGGGUUACAAAAUUUUGGAUGGCUACUCCUAAUUAUUGGUGGGGUGUUGCCAAAAAAUGUUUUACAGUUGGUAUCAUAUCCCUAACUGUUUCUGACCGAUUUGCAUCUGUCUCACGAAUUUCUGGACAUUCUAUGUCUCCUACAUUCAAUCCUGCACGUAGUUAUUUUAAAGACUAUGUUUUGGUGGAGAAAUUUUGCCUCAAGAAUUACAACUUUUCACGUGGUGAUGUUAUAAUUUUCUUGUCCCCAAGUAAUCACAAGGAGAGACAUGUGAAGAGGAUCAUUGCUAUGCCUGGUGAUUGGCUCAAUCUGUCUGACUCACAUGAUACAGUGAAUAUUCCUCAGGGCCAUUGUUGGGUGGAGGGAGAUGAUGUAGCUUCCAGUGCUGAUUCAAGAUCUUCCGGUCCAGUUCCUCUAGGCUUAGCCCAAGGUAGAGUCACACACAUUUUGUGGCCACCUCAUCGAAUAGGCAAAGUCGAGAGAGUAGUUCCUCAUCACAGGCUUGCAUUGAGCUGACUAGGCAGAUGUCCAGAAUAUGUCUACUCAGGAUAUGGUUACUAACAGGGAAUUCACUUAUAUUUCAUUUUUUGGUUUUGGUGCAGUUUGUUGCUCUGGCAAUUUUGGUAGUAACUAGAGUGAGAGAGUCUUAUAAUUCUUCUGAAGGGAAGAUAAAGCUCUGUUCAUUGACUUUUUUCUUGUGCAUCUUACUGAAUUACGAACAGGACAUGCACUUUUUCUCCUUGUUUACAGAAGUAUGAUAGGCGUUCUGAAUCUGCCUGCGAUUGCAAUUUUCUUUGUCCAUUCGUUUUGAAUUGAAAUAAGCCCAGACUCUGGGAACGCUACAUAAUGUCCCCUCUUAUGGAGUUAUAGGGAUCCUCCUAAACUCUGCGUAGAUUAUUCACAAUGAAUAACGGUGCAUAGUGGCAUAGUUUCACUGAAUUACAUUUGGCUAGUUAUCGAAGUUAACCUUACCACAGUGAAUAGACCUGGAGAACUUUGGACAUAUGAGACUCAUUCAACUCUGGUUAUAAAGUUUCAUUGGUGUUAGUUACUACUGUCAAUAUAAUCAUAACUUGGCUGAGUCCAUUUUCCAUGA